AUGACUGGUGAAAUUUGGGAAGUAGGUUUGGAUGUUAUACGCACCGACGGUGCUCUUGUCUUUUAUGAGAGUGAAGCCAAUCAGACAAAACUUUGGAACAUUCUUGCCAUUUAUGCUUGGGUUGAUAAUUCUAUUGGAUAUGUUCAAGACACCUUUUGGUGUUUUGAGCGGGCAAUGCGCAGAUUGGUACGCAUCUAUUUUCAUUAUCAAAGAGAAAAUUUCAAGUCCAAUGCGCAUUCUAUAGGGGUGCAGUCUCAGUUGAGUACACUUGCAGGAAUAAUGAAAGCUGUUGAUCCAAAGCUUCAUCAACACCUUGGUAUGGCUGAUCCUGCUAGAAGGAAACAAUGAAGCUGGCAGAAUUGUCUGCAAGUGAUAUACUAGAGGGCUUCCGUGGGUCAAAAGAGGUCAGAAAUUUCUUGGAGAGAUGCAAAAUAUGGUCAAAUAAUUCAAG